AAAAGCCUCCCCUCUCUGUGGUGUGUUUGCCCAUUGGACAACAGCAGCAGGACUAGGAGGAGCCAGAGUGAACACUACCGCUGCCUCUGCUCUUUCUCUGCGCUCUGCUCGGUGCUCUGCUGCAGGCUGCGUGGCUCUCCGAGAACAAACCCAGUCACUAUAACUUUUUGCUACUGUUUUGUUUCAUUGUUGUUGUGUUUUUUUUUUCUUUCGCGUUUAAAACUCAAAGCUUGCCAUCGUACAAAUGGCUCAACCAUUUCCCACCAGUUUAGGACACGGCACGGCUUUAAACUCAGAAAACGGAUUCGUCUAAAGUGAGCCACAACUUCAAACAAACCCAGCGACGGAACAAGUUGUAACCGAGAUAAAGGAAUCCGGAUCCAGCUCUGCUCCUCCUGUCCGUCGAGGUCUAAGUCAAGAUGUCUGUCAGUAACCACGAAAACAGAAAGUCUCGCUCCAGUUCUGGCUCCAUGAAUAUCCAGCUCUUCCACAAGACAUCCCACGCCGACAGCCUGUUGACUCAACUCAACCUGUUGCGCAAACGAAAAGUCUUCACAGAUGUUGUCCUGAAAGCCGGAAACCGAUCCUUCCCCUGUCACCGGGCCGUCCUGGCCUCCUGCAGCCGAUACUUUGAGGCCAUGUUCAGUGGCGGGCUCAGGGAGAGUCGUGACGCUGAGGUCAACUUCCACGACUCUCUCCACCCGGAGGUGCUGGAGCUUUUGCUCGAUUACGCCUACUCGGCCCGGGUAAUAAUCAACGAGGAAAACGCGGAGUCACUCCUAGAGGCCGGGGACAUGCUCCAGUUCCACGACAUUAGGGACGCUGCGGCAGAGUUUCUAGAAAAGAACCUCCACCAGUCGAACUGUCUGGGGAUGAUGCUGCUGUCGGACGCCCAUCAGUGUCAGAGGCUGUACGAGCUGUCGUGGAGGAUGUGCCUGGCAAACUUUGCAACUCUCUUCAGGACAGAGGACUUCCUCAGCCUGCCCAGAGACAAAGUCCAGGAGCUGAUUCUCAGCGAGGAACUGGAGGUGGAGGAUGAGAGCCUAGUGUACGAGGCUGUUAUUGACUGGGUUAAGGCAGACAUGGAGCGGAGGCACAGUGAGCUUCCAGAGCUGCUGCGAUGCGUCCGCCUGGCGCUGCUGCCCGAAACGUAUCUGCUGAAGAAUGUCGCUUCAGAGGAGUUGGUGAUGUGCCACAAGGUGGGCCGGGAGAUCGUUGAAGACGCCGUGCGGUGUAAGAUGAGGAUCCUCCAGAACGACGGCAUCGUAACAGGGUUCUGUGCCCGGCCAAGGAAGGUCAGCCAGGCCCUGCUGCUGCUUGGAGGCCAGACUUUUAUGUGUGAUAAAGUCUACAUGAUCGACAACAAGACCAAGGAGAUCACACCCAAAACAGACAUCCCCAGCCCCAGGAAAGAAUGCAGUGCCUGUGCUAUUGGUUGCAAGGUUUAUGUUACAGGAGGGCGUGGCUCUGAGAACGGAGCCUCCAAAGACGUCUGGGUCUACGACACAUUACACGACGAGUGGUCCAAAGCAGCCCCCAUGUUGGUCGCCAGAUUCGGACACGGUUCUGCGGAGCUCGACCACAUGCUGUAUGUGGUUGGAGGACACACUUCUCUUGCAGGAUCCUUCCCCGCCUCGCCAUCUGUGUCUCUCAAACAGGUGGAGCAGUACGACCCUCAGACCAAUAAAUGGACCCUGGUGGCUCCGCUCAGAGAAGGUGUGAGCAACGCCGCUGUCGUGGGCGCCAAAAACAAACUCUUUGCCUUCGGGGGCACCAGCGUCAACAGAGACAAGUAUCCCAAGGUGCAGUGCUUUGACCCCUGCCAGAACCGGUGGUCUGUACCGGCCGCCUGCCCGCAGCUGUGGCGAUACACGGCUGCAGCUGUAGUUGGCAACCAUGUCGUGGUGAUCGGCGGCGACACUGAAUUCUCGGCCAGCUCUGCUUACCGGUUCAACAGCGAGACGUACCAGUGGUCGAAGUUUGGUGACGUGACGGCCAAGCGAAUCAGCUGCCACGCGGUGGCGUCAGGAAACAGACUGUAUGUGGUCGGGGGAUACUUUGGGGCCCAGAGGUGUAAGACACUAGACUGUUACGAUCCAUCAUCAGACUCUUGGGACAGCGUGACCAGUGUGCCCUACUCACUCAUUCCCACUGCCUUCGUCAGCACAUGGAAGUACCUCUCGGCAUAGAGGGACGCACUGUCUGAGGUUUCUACGAUCAGCCGUGGUGUCUGGUAUGCAGUCUCCCUUCGCUGGCUCCGGAGAGGAGGAGGAAGAGGAAGGUUUUGUGUAUUCCUGCUGUGGCUCCCUCCACUUCACAUUAUCUUCAUCUGCAGAGGAGGGAAGGCCUGAAGUCCUGGAAACAGCCCAGAGACUGUAAGUCUGUGGCCUCUCUCCACCUGAUCUGUUUACUCGCCCCUCUUGUGUAACUUUCCCAUGUAGCCACUAGCCUGAGCUGGACUUGUUGCCAUGUAUACUGCUGGGACUUCAUGGCCGUCUCUAUAUAACAUGCAAUCCACAGCCAGGAAACAGACCAGUAGCAUAGUCGUGCUCUAUGGUCAUCUGCCUUGGAUAUUCCAACUUUUCCCUCUCCCCCUCCUGGGUCGAAUAAGCUACUGUGACUGUAUCAGCCCUGCACUGCUCAACUGACUCACUCCAUCAUCCCAACGUCCGUUAUCUAGAUUACCAGUUUAACAGACGCUGACUCUCUCUGACAUGUUGUUUUACAGUCAACAUAAAGAAGAAAGUCGGCUGUCCUUUCUUGUGGUUCCUCUCCCCUCCUGACACUGGGCGUUUACUCAGGUGUAAUUUAUUUGGACUGCUGAUAGACUGAAUUAGACCUUUGGCUCUGCCAGGCGUAUGGGGAACGAGAGAAGACAUUUGGGGAAGUGUAUGAUUUUGUGCACAGAAACAAUCUUCCUGUCUGUAUUUUUAGACGUUGGACUUGGGCUUCCCUCAAUUUUGGUGAGCUAAAUUUGUAUCUUCCUCCUCAACUUAAAAUACAAGCUCGCAAGAGAGAAUGUGGCCCAUUACGGCUGAAGAAGAUACUCUUCUGUUUCGAGAUGUUAUUUCAAACUAUGAUUUUUUUUUUGUGUGUGUUUUUGUGUCUCAGGGUAAUGUAUAGUUUUGCCUGUAUUUGUUCAAGGAAGGGUAACCAUUUUGUUUUAUACCUUUUCCAUUCUGAAUACUUUUUUGUGAAUGUACUAGUUUUGUGAUCAACAGUUUUCAUUUUAGAAUACAUUCUUACAUUGUGAAAAUGUAUGAUUACGCUCCAUAGCAGCGGCCAUAUUCAAAACCUAAAUAUUGCCAAAACCUGAUUAGCUAACCUUAGUGUUAUGUUGGAUUUAAAUAAUGAAAGCUAGGUGUUUCCAAAGUAGUUUAAUUUGUAGCUGUAAUAUUUGAGUAUCUUUAAUGAAAGUCUUUUGUGUAUAGUUUGUAUAUUUGCUUUGUAUUUGUAGAAGCCUUUGAUUUGCACAGUUUGUACAAAGACGUCUCUAAACAGUCUUACAUUAUUAUUUUUUUUAUCUUUGUCUUAACCCAGCUUGGGUAGUGUGAAUAAUCAAAGCCUUUUUGUAGCACAUAACUGAGUUAUUUCUCUCUCAACAGUCUUCAUUUGUGUGCAGUUUUCCCGAUAUAUCAAGUAUACUGGUAUAUUAAGCUAUUACUGAUGCACCGUCUGUUACUUCAUGUUCUACAGCUCGUAACUUGUCAAUAAAUGUCAACUUGUUGAAAACAUA